UUUUGAAAUGGAUCAAUAAAUUCUUAAGAGGCAGCUGUGGUUUGGAAGUGUUAUUUGUAAGAAUAUAGUUUGUCAUUAAAAAUACAUUGUUGUGUUAUCAACAGGGAAACUAGUGUUUUAUUGACUGUAAGUAUGAAAAUCAUUCCACAUGUAUUUGUCAUGGAUUGUAUGUGGUGGACUUUGCUCAGUGGUGAUUGUGUGAUUCCUGAAGUAGAGUUCAAAAGUCUUCACUAUUGUUAGUUCACAAGUUCCUGUUGAAGCUGUGUUUCCCCACUGAAGGGCUGGAAAAGAAACAAGGUUGGGAUUGUUUUUCGGGAGAGGUGGUGGGAGGGGAAAGGUUACCAGUUAUUGACUGUUCUUUUUGAAAAGUACCAAAGACUCCAAAAUGGAAUGUUUAAGGCAGAACAUUGGUAAUGCUUCCUUACUUGAUUUUGUUUAAUGUCAAAGUAUUUCCGCUUUCUGUUUAAGUCUUAUUAUGCUGAGCUUACCACCAUUCUACACUUUACAUGCAGAUACUAUGGAUAACCUUCACUUGAGUGUCGUAGCUGUGGUCCUAUACUGUCAUCUUCCUGGCUCAGUGGGGAGCAAGUCACAGCAGAUUCUUCUUGAUACACAUCACCAUUCAGACUGCCAGUGGGGUGAGGAGCUCUUACUGAACUGUUCUUUUACCGGAAUGUCUACUAUUCCAGAGGAUAUCUCACAAACAGCAGUAACAGCUGAUUUUAGCUACAAUAACAUUAAAACUUUCUUGUGCACCGGUGGAAUAAACAAAGAAUGGAUGCUGAAACACCUGAAUCUCAGUAACAAUCUGAUUUCUGAACUCUCCUUAACUACUUGUAGGAAUUUACCUGCUUUAGAAACAUUAAUCCUCGAUGGUAAUGCCAUCCACACCCUUACACUGGACAUACCUACCCCUGCACAUGGGUCAUACAGAAAAGCUGAUCAUCUCCUGCCUGCUUUGAAAGUAUUGUCAAUGGAAAGAAAUAAUCUUAAUGCAGUUCCAAGAGGACUGGGCCUGCUGCAGUCUCUGCAAACUGUCCAUAUGUCAUCCAAUGGCAUACAACAGAUUGAUCUGAAUGAUUUUCAGAACUGUUCACAGCUGAAGGACAUCGACUUGCAAAACAACCACAUAAUUAAAAUUCAUCCAGAUGCCUUCAGGAAGCUCAACAAGUUACAGGUAGUAGAUCUCCGUGGAAAUGCUCUGACAACCCCCCUACCACAGAUACUGAUCAGUUUGAACUUCUUUCAAAUUGAAGUGGAUUUGUCAAAUAAUGCCUGGAUAUUUAAUUGCAGACUGAACGCUUUCAAACAUUUCAUUCAUUUUCUUUUUGACCCCACAAGGAAAAAAAUGAGUAUUUCAUACAAUAAAUCUGGCACCAGCUCACAGAAACCUCUGCUCUAUCUUUCAAGUUUGCAUUUAAACUGCAGCGACAGUGUUUUGCUCAAGGGGGCUGCCAUCCCAACAGGGAAGAUGUUAGUGCUAAACUGUAAUUCAGACAACACAAGAGGUAAUAAGAAUGGAGCCUCUUGGUGGACACCUAAUGGCAGAAUUUCAAAAGAUAUGAGUCUUUCUCAUAUGACCCUGGAUAAAAUUAAUAAUUUAGUGAUACACAAUGCUGAGAAAGCUGCUGAAGGGUUAUAUUUGUGUAUUUUUAAUACAACAAAGAGGAAAUAUUUCAUCUAUGAUAUACAGGUGAAAGAAAGGGGGUCAACAUUUUUGGUUCGCAAAGCCCGAGAUGCUAACCCUGCUUUGCGACAAGGAAGAACAGAGCAAGACUUUACACUGGCUGUGUGCCUCUCGGUGCUCAUUACAUUUGUUUGUGCUUUUUGCCUGGGUGCUUUUGCUAGACCCUACCUUGGAAGCCUGUGGAGACUCAUAUGCAGGAACAAGAACUCAGCUUCAGAACAUACUUAUUGUAACCAAGCUUUUUCAGAUGAAACCUUGAGCAGAGAGUGCUCUGCAAGCACGAGCAAACCAACCAAUACACAGCACAGCUUGUUCAUUUGUGAUGAGGAUUCUUCAAGGAACAUACACGUUCUUCCUACAGAAACUUCACAAGCAAAUGUCAUUGGUAGCAGCGUAUGUGCACCAAAUACUGGAGAAGAGUACCAGAAACAAAGCAAUGAUGAGACCAAUGUGAAGAAAAAAUCUUGUUUUUCAGACAUCAAAACUAGCAUCAGCAAUGAUGAAAAUGUAAAUGUUGAUGAUAAUGGGCUGUUUUCUGUAAGGACAGAUGACAAGGACAGCACGAAAGUAACACCAAGAAAAUUAAAGAGUAAUGUAAUUUCACUACAGAAAGAUCCAAUAUACACAAAUAAUGAAGCCUCAGAGAAGAGCAGGAUCCCUCCCAUACACGGGAGAUCAAAUGCUGACUCUUACUCACAUCACUCUUCAGAUUCAGAUGUACCCUUCAAGAGAGUAACUGGCUUUCCACUUUCCACAAUACAAGCAUGUACAGUUGCACAAGAUUCUAGGAACAGCAAGGUAAGCAAGAGCUCUGCUCUGCUGCAGUCCGGUAUCAGAGAGGCUACACCAGAUUCUCCUGAAAGAAAAGGUGUUGUUCCACAAAAUGAAGCCAUGAGCACUACAAAAUGUAUGCCUGGAAGGCAAAGCUGUGAUAAACAACGUUGUCUAAGCAGCAACCCCAAUCUAACCAGUGAUGUGGGAGAUUUUAUUUUACCCAGUAGCUGCAGAAGAAAUACAAAUAUUGAGAAUUUAAGCAUCUACCAAACAAUAGAAAGCUCUCCUUUUACAGAGUACAAUUGUAAAGCAGAACCCACAAAUGAAAGAGGUACUUCAGCAGAUAUAUUUGAUGACAGUUUUUCAGAUGAGGGGGCUCCAUUCACAAUGAGCGACUGUAGUUCUUUAGUAGACUUUGAACUGGAACAAGCUGAUGUUAGAGACGGCAUGCCUGUCUGUCAGUCAUCAGCAGAGGAAGCUGAUAGGAACAGUGGAACUGAGAAGUGCUCAGCACUGCCAGAAUCUCCAAACCUUGCUGCUGGACUUCAGCGUGUUGGGGAAAAUGAAGACGAGAAUAACGCGCAUUUUGAAACUGCUAUUAAUUAUGGAUCAGAUACCAUCAUGUUUGAAACAGCAUUGCCUUACGCUGAUAAAUGCAGCAGCCAUGUAAGCAUGUCGGAUCCAGACACAAUUAGUUCUACAAAUCAAGACGUUCCUGUUACAUUUGAUCACUUCAUUAAUGCUGAGUCAGCAGCACAGACCUCGGUUUCUGAUUCUCUCUGCAAUCCAAGUGCAGGUUUUGGUAACAUGUUACUUUCAUUAAAACAUUCUCCCAUGUAUGAUGCGGAUAGAGAGAACACUCCUGAAGAGGCUGAGCUGCAGCCAGAUCAGUUUCCCACGAAACCACAGCAUUCCCUCAGCUUCAGUCCCACUGGACAAAAGGCAAAUGCACCAGAGGGAAGUACAGAUGAACAGAGAGAUAGGAACUCCUCUGAAAAGAAUCAUGGUGAAGGAUGCAUAGCACUACGAAACACAUCUGACAACAGUGAUUUCACUUUUGCUCCCACUGAUAGUGGUUUGAAUAAAAUUGGUAAAAGAACAUCACUACUGCGUUCCAGCAACAACUCACCUGCUCACUCUCUGCCUGAAAAACAGCUGACAGUUAUUACAGAGACAGAAGACUUGCUACCACAGAGGAAGCAGGCAAACACACCUAAGGCUCAUGCAGAUGUAAUGCAAAGAGGUUUUAAUGAGAAAAAUUGUGAUGGAUACACGGAAUUACAGGAUACCAGCAACUGCAGCCUGCCUGAAGCAGCAGAUUUGCUGCAUCUUCACUCUUCUGGGAAAACACAACCAAUAUUCAACACAGAUCAUUUUCAGCUGGAUCAGAGUGAUGAGGAUGCAUAUUCCCUCUCAGUCCCACAAGGCUUCUUCAGUGAAAGCACACGAUACAGUUCAUGUUCAUUCCCACAAACAACUACAGGGAAUACAAUCUCCAAAAGCACUCAUUCCAGAAAGGUGGAGGAUGACACUACUUUGACAGGACUGCAGAACAGUUCUACAGCAGCUGUCAACCUCCAAAAUUCAAGCGAGAAACUCCAAAGAGGUCAGACCAAUUUAGGACAGGGACAGGUUUUCAUUAAGAGGAAGAGAGCAUUUGAUGGAUUUGCUAAGGUUUUGGAAAGCAGGAGAACAAACUUCAAUAGCUGAGACACAAAAAUAUAACACUAAGCUUCCACAGUGUUUAUGUCACACAGCAGCUGCAAAAAAUGAUUGUGUCUUAAAAUGAUGUGUGUAACUUUUAAUAACUGUUAAAUAGCCUGGGUUGGUUUGCUGGGUUUUUUUGAUAACUCUCAGUACAACCAUCUAUCUGCCUUUAAGUUCUGAAAGCCAAGUUAUGGAACUAGAGUGUAUGUCCAAUUUAAAACCACUGUAAUACCAAAGGGUAAUUUGGGUCAGAAGCCAUGAACUUGUUUAAGGGUACUUGUAAAAAAAAACCAAACCAACCAAGAAUAGAUUUCAUGAAAAACAACUCUAGGAUAUUCAAAUGAGUAAACUACUUGGUAGCUGUACCUGCUAAUAAAGCUUUUGCUGAGUUACAAUAAUAAUAUAUAUUUACUUUCUUAUUAUUGUUGGUACUAAGAUAUUAGUUUCCCUUUAAACUGGCCUCUAAUAUGGACUGUUUUGUUUCUCUUUGUCCAAAAUAAAUGUAACACUGAAAUUAU